AUGCUCUCCUAUGCGAUUCCUCUUUACUUAUGCUUGAUCUCAAGAGAGGCUUUAUCAACAACAAAAACAUCGUUCCCAGGGGCAAUUUUUACGAAGGAAAACUCGAGAUUGAAGGGAUACUCUUUUAAAUGGCAUGUCACCCCCAGCCAGAUAUCAUGCACUCAAGCUUGCCUCAGGAACCCAAGAUGCGACUCAACAAACUUCAAAGAAACUGGAGUACAUGGUGCCAGACAAGAAGGCACAUGUGAGUUGAACACUGAAAGCCCAUUGGACCUGAUAAGUUUGGAAAAGGAUUUACAUUAUGAAUUUGGAAGUUUGUACGCUCGAUACUCAAGAGACAACAUGGUGAGUUUGAUAUUUAAUUUUAUUUCAUUGCUUAUUCUUGUCCCUUUUUACCUUUUCUUUUUAUUUAAGCGUCAUUUUUAGGGCCCUUUACCUUUCUCUAAGAUGAUUUAAGUCUCGGUGAUGCUAAUGCUCUAGCCACACUGCGGGUUUCAGGACGUAAAGUUAUUAUGAAUCACAGCUGUUUGUACUUUUUCAAACUUAUAUUCUGUUGUUCUAUAAAAGUGGAAGCCAUAGUUUUGCUUACCCCUCACAGCUUCAUAGGUAGUAUUACAGCCGGUCUAUGAUGGUCUUAGAUGCAUAUUGUUAGGGUAAAGAAUUUGUAACAGUAUAGCUCUGGAUCUAAAGUGAUAAUCAACAAACUGACCGUUUUGUAUAGUUUUUCUUUAUCACCUGUGUGUCCCAGGCAUUAUUUAAGCUUUACUCUUUUCAUUUCGACUACCUCAGCCAUUCUUGGUCUCAUGUUCCGGCGGCAAGUUAAACAUUAUAUUUUUAAACGACAUAAAUUUAUGUUAGUGAAACUUUAAUGAUCGCUGGACGGACACAUAAUCUGUCAUGCACACAAUUAUUUGCUUUAUAUUGGCCACUCUCAUCGAUUCCAUUUUUAAAAAAGGAUAGAGUAAAUUCGAAGUAGUAGAGAGAUUUUCAUUUACGGAGUCAAAAGAACGAACUUUAUUGCAAAAAAAAUCCUAGCAAUCUGCAGAAACUCGAUCGCCUAGACUCACCUGACUCUCGUUAAAAUAACUCUUUUUCUUAAACUCGCCUAGUUUCUAUUUUAAAAGAGAGGGAAUAUAAACAAGAUCAGUUAUUCACAACCGGUGUAGGUUGACAAGAGGGCUAAAUGAAAAUGACACAUAUCGGAAAUACUUUGAAUAGGAAAUUAAAUUAUUCGGCGUUUUUUUUCUUCCAAAUUUUAAUGAGACCUUUAUUGUCACCCGCUCAGAACUUGGCAGAUAUCACAACCACGAACCCCAUCUGAAAUUUGACCAAUUAUGGAUUACAACUUCUAUUCAAUAUAAUUUCAACUGAGGAGGUUAGAAAUUAAGGCUUUCUGUCGCAAACCUUUUUUCUAAUCCAUCCACGAACAUCAAAUACGCACAGCAUGGAGACGGUCACACUAGUACUGUUGGUCCUAAAACAAAAAAGUAUAAGUACAUGUAUCUUGAAGUAUAUCUGGAAAACAAAACAAAGAUAUAUGACAACCUUUUUGCCACAAUGACUUUCUAAAAGAUAAUUAAAGGGUAAAUGAAAGGGUGAAAAUUAGGGACCAUUUCAGUACAAAAGUUCCAGAUGCUCAUUUAAUAUUUGCUCCAUUAAAGUGCAAAGAAAAUAGCGUCGAAAACAUUCUGUAGUUCCGUAAAUAUAAUUUCUGACUAAAAUGCAAAAUUUAAGUGAUAAACGUGAAACUCAACCCUUUCACUGUGUGUCAAUUUGAUUCAAAAUCGCGAUGAUAAAUGCUCUUUUUUAUCACGGAUUUUUUUAAGUGGAUAAGAAAAAAAGAAAACAAAUAUUUGACUUUCAUAACUAAUAAAUUUAGUUUAAUUAUCUUAAUUUAAAAAACUGCAUUUGUACCAGUCAAAAUAGACGUGGUAUUUGAAUUAAUAUUGUUUAGUUUGACUAGAAUAUAAAAAAUUAACGGAAAUAGUUCUCUUUUUUUAGCCGAUAAGAAGCUGGAAAAAAAUAUCAUUCUGCCCUCGCGCUGAGGUAGUCAGGAGUUAGAGACUAAAAGAAUAUUUUAUAUCCAAAUUAAAUCCGUCCUGCUUUCAAAAAAUAAUUGAUUUGAAAAAAAAAAGAAAAAAAAAGAAAGAAAUUGCACAUAUUUACACAUUUUUGAUGAUUGUGACGCAGUGUCGCCAUUUAGCUAGCUCGCGUGUAUAUGAUUCUGCACUUCGUUAAUAUUCGGGAUUUACAAUGUUUCUAAAUGGAGGUUUUCGGGAAAAUAUUGUCGAUAUUUUAUGGGAAGAGUAGAUCUUGGGGAAGGCAAAUAGGAUCUGAAGUCGUUCGCAGGUAAUAAACUUCAUUUUUGAGGAAAGUUCCAUUUAUAGUUUAAAUUUCGAUCUUUUAAUGUUACCCCUAUCUCAAAUGCAUGGUUAUCUCCUAUUUUCUAUUUAGAUUUAACAACCAGGAACUCUGAAAUUUUACAUUGAUAGAAUUAUAAUCCAGUGAAGUCCAACGAAAGUUACCCGGCGCUCUAGCCAAUUCCACAACUCAAUCGUGAAUUUGCGAUGGAAUCUAAAGGGGCUAGCCAAAUAUGCCGUAAAUGACCUAAUAAACGCUUUUUUCCACAUAAACGCCUCUUAUCUAAUAGACACCACCUCUACGCUCUUAAAAUUGUAUUAGACGCCUCUUUCUAAACGCCCCCGUAUGAGAAUUGUACUCUAAAAUACUAAGAAGUGGAAAAAAGGAGCAAAAUCAUUUCAUACAUUCAGCUUCUUGCUUGAUUUACAGGGCUUUGUGUAUUUCGUUCUAUUGUUCAAUGUCAAGUUCAGAGUAAGGAUAGACUAACGAUGGCAACACAAAAACCCUGAGCGACGAUUCUGGCAUCGGUGUUGGGAUUUGAAAGAGCGAUAUGGAUCUCUUGAUGACCUAGAAAUAACAAUUGGUGGAUUGGAUAUUCCGCUAUUUUAAAGCUAAGCUCUCUUGAUAAUAUUAUUUUCUUCCGAAAGCAUAUUACUUCUGCUGCGCUUUUUACAGUUUUGGGAAUAAACGCCUCUGUCUUUUAAACGUUUCCUAUCUAUUAAACGCCCCCACUUGGACCCCUUGAAUGAAAUAGACGCCCCGGGCGUUUAUUACAUGUAUUUCAUUUACGGUACCCGCCUGAGAUUGCUACGUUGCACAAAAGAGAAACUAUGUUUAUAAAAAGUAAUGAUAGUGAUGAUUUUAAUCUCGACUUUUCAGUGUAUCUCCAAAUUUUAUCUUAGGAUGACUCAUGUCGAUGGAUUGGAUGCCAAAACAAUGGUGCUUGCGUAAAAAUAAACGAACAAUAUAAAUGCGAGUGUGGUGUCCAGUGGAUUGGGAAAUUUUGCGAAACAAAAAACAGUGAGUAUAAUAAGCGUUAUUUAUCUUUAGCCUGCGUGGAAGCUCUUCAUUUCAGAAUCGAUUGCGGGCUAGCAAAAGUUCUUUCAAAGCUUGACGGCGCGGGAUCUUACAUUAGAGAGAUUUAGAGUUACAUUUACGGCAAACGACAAACGUCAGAUUCAAUUGGUGAAUUUCUUAAAAUAGAUAAAAAGAUAAAAGAUAAAACUAACGUGAAGCUACGAAUUUUGGGGUGAAACUAAUUAACAGAAAAGUACAAGUUAAGGUAAAACUUGGUCUCUUGGUACAAAUUUACGUUUACCGUAAACGUGAGUCUAAAUUUCUUUAAUCUCGUUAUUUUCAAAUGAAGUCUCCUCUGGUAAGCAUUUCAUCCCUGUUUCGUUGCAGUUUUUAUUUACAACUUUGCUCAGGAAAGGUGCAAGAAAAUCAAACGGGUUAUCAAUGAAAGAACAAGAAACGUUACUCGCCUUAGAGACAUUUUCCAUUUCUUAAAAGGCAGGGCGGUUACGUUUGAAGCAUAUUCCUUGUUUUUCAGAAGAAAAAAAAACAAACAAACAAACAAACAAAAACAAAGACAUCGUUUUACCGACUGAAGAAUUAAGUUAACUGAUGGUGUUGUAUUAGAUUGCCCUUAUAGAGGUGACAUUCUUACACGAAUUUCGUGUUGGAUUUACCAUUCAAAAAGCUACUAUUGAAAUGAUUUUCUUUGGCUUCAAAGGAAAAAAAAAUCAUGGCAAAUGUAAGGCACUGAAUUUUGAACGAAUGGACUACUUAACGAUGACUUUACUAUUCUCAAGGAACGGGAAAGAGUAACAUAACACACAACUAGGCAAGAGGGAUCCUGGGUUCUAAGCAGCUGCGACACGAAAUAGGCUCCUGUUUUGAAACAUGUUUUGCGUUGUUUUGUAGGUUCAUUUGUUUUUAUCUCAUAACGGGAAAAGAAAUUUGAUUGAUCGAACAUGAAACUGUUUCUUUUUCUUUGCCCUCAAAAACACCUCGAAUAAAAUCAUAGAUCAGAGACUGCUAAAUUUAGAAACAGAAACUAAUGAUUGAGUAAAGGCCGUCAGUCACCAAUAUCUUGUAUUUGGUUCUCCCUUUUAAGAUCUUUUAACUUUAUAAUGGUAAUGGCUUAAUCCUCUAGAAAAAUUGUAACUCAAAAAAAAUGUUGAAACCAAUACACCCUUAAUUCAUGUCGCCUCUUAUUAAAAAUAAUUAGCUGGUUACAUCUUGAUGUAGCCUUUCGCGUUGCAGGUGGCCCACCGGGCCGUAAGCUUUAUUGACCACUUCAAUGCGUUACAAAUCACAAAUGUGAAUUUCUUCCACCUCAUCCCCCAAAAUCAUCCUACAUUUGGGUGUACUUCACUUUUCAUAAACACGCGCAUUCUGAAGUUCAAAAGCCAACUGACGCUUGCGUUUUUCACUUUCGCUGCCGUCAAUCAUCUUAAACUGACCUCUUAGAAAACAGAAUUUUACUUCAACGGGUUCAAAAGGUCAUGGUUUGUGAUUUGGUUUUGGUGGAUUUCGAUCCGUUUGUGUGUUUCAGUGUUUCAAGGUUCGUUGUUUGUGAUGAUUGACGGCAGCGAAAAACGCAAUGGUGAAGGCGGUUUUUUAAAUUCAGAGUUCAGAGUUCGCGUUUUUGAAAAGCACAGUAACCCAAGUUUUGACAGUUUUGGUUCAUAACCUAGGGUGGUACAACUUCACGACGCUGGGGGCCACAGGAAAAAAUGGUCCAGUUAGUGCUGAAGGAUAUAAAGGCACUCCACUCCAGGAGGUACAAGUCACGAACGGUGUCCAGGAGUGGCAGGUGCCAAUCACAGGAAAGUACGAUGUAGAAGCUUGCGGAGCAUCAGGAGGGGACGGAAUUUUCGCCAAGAAAGGAGGCAAAGGAGCAAAAGUCAGCGGCGUAAUAACACUGUCAAAGGAUGAGAAGUUAGCCAUACUGGUGGGACAA